AGGCACACAGGAAGUGAGUUUUAACUUGCAUGAGCUUUGGAUCCUGUACAGAAGAAUACCUUGAUUUUUUGUGAUUGUUUAUUCUUCUUGUUUUGGCACUUACAAAAAGCAGUUGUUUAAGUUCCUGAAUACUGUGGCUGGAGACUGAAGCUAGAAAUCAUGAAGCUGGAGGUUCCAGAAAGUUUUGCAGAUGUCGCUGUUGAGUUUUCAGGAGAGGAGUGGAAGAUGUUAAAUAAACGGCAGAAAGAGCUACACAGAAAUGUGAUGGUAGAGAACUAUGAGAACAUGAUUUCUCUAGGGUAUCACAUCCCCGUGGAGCACCUUUGGGUAUACAUUAAGAAUGAUGAAACAAUUCUAUCUGCUGCCAAUGAAGGAGACAUAGUGAUGCAGGAAAUGCAGCUUCCCGAUACCAUCAGCAGGAGCACAGAUUGUACUGAGGGCUGGAGUCUGCAGUCAUCACAGGUUAAAUGCCUUGAUUCUGACCAUGAUAAAGCCUUGCUGGAGAAGAUUGUGAUUACAAGACACAGCCUGGUGCCAAGUGGAAGCAAACGUCAUAACUGUAUGGAAAGCAAAGAUGAGUUUGGCAAGAAAACUGAACUGGAAAUGCAUCUGGAACCUCAAGAAGGAAAAGAGCCAUGCAGGCUUAAUCACAGCGAUAAUUUAAUGCUUCACUUUAGUGACCUGACUGAUCAGUUCAUUUACAUUGGCAAAGGAAGAAUGAAUAUGUCAGGAAUAAAUAAGCAAGUAUACAAUAGAAAGAAACAGUAUAAAUAUGCCAUAUAUGACAGGGGUUUCACAGGUAAAGUGAAAUUAGCAGCAAAUAAUACUCCUCAUACUAGAGAGAAAGAAUUUAAAUGCACCAGCCAUGAAAAACGUUUUACACAAAAGUCCAGAGUAGACAAACUUCACUAUAACCACACUGGUCUGAAACCUUAUAAGUGUGCUACAUGUGGAAAGGGGUUUACAGAGAAGGGUACCAUGGUAAGACAUCAGUAUACUCACACUGGUCUGAGACCUUAUAAGUGUGCUACAUGUGGAAAGGGGUUUACAGAGAAGGGUACCAUGGUAAGACAUCAGUAUAUACACACUGGUCUGAAACCUUAUAAGUGUGCUACGUGUGGAAAGGAGUUUACAUGGAAGGGUGCCUUUGUAACCCAUCAGUAUACACACACUGGGCAGAAACCUUAUAAGUGUGCUACUUGUGGAAAGGGUUUUAAAGAGAAUAGUGCCAUGAUAAAACAUCAGUAUACACACACUGGUCUGAAACCUUAUAAGUGUGCUACUUGUGGAAAGGGGUUUACACAGAAGGCUACCAUAGUAAGUCAUCAGUAUACACACACUGGGCAGAAGCCUUAUAAGUGUGCUACAUGUGGAAAGGAGUUUGCAGACAUGGGUGUUAUGGUAAGACAUCAGUAUACACACACUGAUCUGAAACCUUAUAACUGUGCUAUAUGUGGAAAGGGAUUUAUACGGAAGGUUGAAAUGGUAAGCCAUCAGUAUACACACACUGGUCUGAAACCUUAUAAGUGUGCUACAUGUGGAAAGGAAUUUACACGGAAGGAUAACAUGGUAAGGCAUCAGUAUAGUCACACUGAGCAGAAGCCUUAUGUGUGUGCUACAUGUGGAAAGGGGUUUAUACGGAAGGGUGACAUGGUUAGACAUCAGUAUACACACACAGGUCUGAAAUUAAAAAUUAAAUUAGAAGACAUAAAUUAAUCCUGAAAACAGCAUUGACAUCUAGGAAUAAGAUCCAAGCUAUAAACAAAUUUGCUCUUUCUGUCCUAACUUACAGUUUUGGAGUGACUGACCCCAAAAAGUGUUGGCUAGAUUAGCUAUUAAAGCAAGAAUGGUGCUUCAUGCUCAUCAAAUGAUUUAUAAAAAUCAGUGUAUACCAAGAUUAUAUGUUCCCCGUUCUGAAGGAGGGAUGGGCCUCCUUGA